AUGCAGCUGCGGUACGCCAGACCGGCCCUGCAGGGCCAGGAGGGCAUCGCCAAAGUCACAGCGAUCGCAUGGGCGCCAAACAACCGGCGCUUUGCGGCCGUGACCACUGACCGGGUGGUGCAGCUGUUUGACGAGAAUGGGGAGCGCCGGGACAAAUUCUCCACCAAGCCGGCAGAAGCAAAUGGCCCCAAGACCUUUCUCGUGCGCGGCAUGGCCUUCUCCCCCGACAGCUCGCGCCUCGCGAUCGCUCAGAGCGACUGCAUCGUCUUUGUGUACAAGCUGGGGCUCGACUGGGGAGACAAGAAGUCCAUCUGCAACAAGUUCCCGCACUCCGCCCCCGUGACGGCGCUCGAAUGGCCCGCGGCGCACCCGAACGAGGUGCUCUUUGGAUGCGCAGACGGGAAAGUCAGGGCCGGUCAGCUCCGCACAAACAAAUCUGCAACACUUUAUGCGCACCCCGACGGCAGCCCGGUGGUGUCGCUGGCGUGCAGUCCGGACGGGUCCGCGGUCGCCAGCGGACAUGCGGACGGAUCCAUCUACCGGUACGUCUUGGACGACGGGGGCAGCGGAGCCGCGGCGAUGCGGAUAGCGCAGCAUGGUUGUGUUCCGACCGCCCUUAGCUGGGGCCAGGCCCUGGUCGCCGCCGGAACGGACUCCAGAAUGGUGCUGUACGACGGUAAUGGAACGGUGCAGCAGCAGUUCAACUAUGCGUCCGACGACACCGUCCGCGAGUUCUCGUCCGCGGCGUUCAACCCAUCCGGCGACACCGUCGUGCUGGGCAGCUUCAGCAGGCUCGACGUGUUCACGUUCAACGGGCGGAAAGGCGCCUGGGAAGAAGUGGUGGUUAAGGCCAUCGAUAACCUGUACACGGUUACGGCGCUCGCGUGGAAACCGGACGGCAGCCGCCUUACAACUGGUGGCAUGUGCGGCAACGUGGAUCUGUACGAUGCGUGCGUCCGGAAGCAAAAGUACAAGGGCAAGUUCGAGCUGACCUACGUCAGCAACAGCCAGGUUAUCGUGAAGCGCCUGUCGACCGGGGCCUCCCUUGCGGUCCGGUCGGGUUACGGUUUGGAGAUAACCAAGCUGAACAUCCACCAGGAUAACUACGUGAUCGCGCGCACUGCGGAAACAAUCUUACUGGGUCAGCUGGAAACCUGCAAGCUGAGCGAGAUCCCGUGGCGCGGGGGAGGCAACGAAAAGUUUCUGCUUGAAAACCCGCAGGUGUGCAUGAUCUACAACGCCGGCGAGCUCAGCCUCAUUGAGUACGGCGCCAAUGACGUCAUCGGCACGUGCCGUACGGAGUUCGUCAGCCCGUUCCUCAUCUCGGUGUGCCUCAACGAGGCGCGCGAGCAGAGCGCGGGUCACGGCGCGGUUAGCGAGAACAAGAAAAUCGCGCACGUGAUUGACCCGCACACCAUCCGGGUUCUGGACUUGGUUAGCGGCGUAACCGCCGCGGCGAUCAACCACGACAGCAAGGUGGACUGGUUAGAGCUUAACCCGCGCGCGACCCACCUGCUGUUCCGGGACAAGCGGCGGCAGCUACACCAGUUCGACAUGGUCAAGCAGGAGCGUACGACGCUGCUGACGUUCUGCAGCUACGUCCAGUGGGUACCCGAGAGUGACGUCAUCGUGGCGCAGAACAAGAACAAUCUGUGCAUCUGGUACAGCAUCGACAAGCCGGAGCAGGUCUCGAUCUUCAACAUCAAGGGCGACGUCCAGGACAUCGAGCGCGGCAAGGGCCGCACGGCGGUGGUCGUGGAGGAGGGCGCGAGCAGCGUCAGCUACACACUCGACGAGGCGCUCAUCGACUUCGGGGGCGCCCUGGAAGAUAGGGACUUCGACCGGGCGGUCGCCAUCUUGGAGCCGCUGCCGCUGACCCCGGAGACCAAGGUGAGCGGAACGAAUCAUUAUAGCGGAACUCAUCAUUUCCCAAGGUCCACGAGGCGCUCAUUUGAGAUUGGGGGCGCCUUGGAAGCCAACGAGGCGCUCAUCGAGUUCGGGGGCGCCUUGGAAGUUAGGGACUUCGACGGAGCGGUCGCCAUCUUGGAGCAGCUGCCGCUGACGCCGGAAAGCAAGGCUCUCUGGCAGCGGUUGAGCACCUUGGCUCUCGAUACGCAGCAACUAGAGACGGCAGAGCGCUGCUACGCGGCCCUUGGCGACGCGCCCCGCGCGCGCUUCCUCCACAAGGUGAACAAGCUGCGGCGGCGCGCGGCCGCGGAGACGGGCGGCGACGGUACCGACUUCUUCCUGGUGCGCGCGCGCAUGGCGAUGCUGCGGAAGGAGUGGAAGCAGGCCGAGGGGAUUCUUCUGGAGCAGGGGAAAGUAGCGGACGCGGUGGCUAUGUACACCAACCUCCACAGGUGGCAGGACGCGAUCGCGGUUGCUGAAGCUAAGAAUCACCCGGACAAAGAGAACCUGCGCCGGACGCAGUUCCAGUGGCUGCUCAAAACGGGUCAGGAGGGGAAAGCGGGGGAGGUGAAAGAGGCGGAGGGCGACCUGCUCGCCGCGAUCACGCUGUACCUGAAGGGGGGAAUGCCUGGCAAGGCGGCGGCAGUGGUCGCCAAAAACCCGACGUUUGCAUUCCAGAAGGCGAAUGAGGCGGAGGGCGAGAAAAUCGUCGCAAUUACGCUGAACCUGAAAAGGGGGAGUGCCGGAAAAGGCGGCGGCGGUCGUCGCCAAGAACCCGACGUUUGCUUUCCAGAUCGGUCGGUUAACGACAAGAGGGUCGCAAUGUUGGACGUUUUAGGAGUUCUCUUCUCAUACUUUGCGCAGGCGGACCUACUAGAGAACAUCGGCGCCAUGCUGUCCAAGGCGGGCCUCCACGAAAAGGCGGGCGACUUCUUGGAGCACCUGGGACAACUAGAGCGGGCCCGGGACGCCUACCGGGCGGGCGGAGCAUACAAAAAAGCGGUGGACCUCGCCCGGAGGGCGUUCCCCGGACAGGUGGUCGCCCUGGAGGAGGAGUGGGGCGACUGGCUGGUCGCGCGGCGGCAGCUGGACGGCGCGAUCGCGCAUUUCAUCGAGGCCGGCAACGCGGGCAAGGCGAUCGAGGCCGCGAUGGCCGCGCGCCAGUGGCCGCGCGCGGUGCAGAUCGUCGAGGCGCAGGAUGCCAAGGUCGCCCUGCCGUAUUAUAAGCGGCUGGCGCGCCACUUCGAAGCUUCCAAAGCUUACGAGGACGCGGAGCGCUUUUUCAUCCGCGCCAAGCUCCCCGGGGACGCCGUCGAGAUGUACACGCGCGCCAACAAGUGGGACGCCGCGCACCGAGUGGCCGCGCGUUUCGGCUCGGAGGCGGAGGCGGCCGCGCUGUUCACGCGGCGCGCGCGCGAGCUGGAGGCGGAGGGGCGGCACAAGGACGCGGAGAAGAUGUACGUGGAGGUCAAGGAGUACGACGCGGCCAUCAACAUGUACAAGAAGAACAAGAUGUUCGACAACAUGGUCAGGCUGGUUGCCAAGUACCGCCCCGAGCUGCUCCCCGAGACCCACGUGGCGCUGGCGCAGCAACUAGAGGCGAGCGGCCACUUCCGCGAGGCGGAGGCGCACUACUGCGACGCGGGCGACUGGAAGAGCGCGGUCCAGAUGUACCGCGCCAACAACCUCUGGGAGGACGCGACACGUGUCGCCAAGACAUUGGGCGGGCCCGCGGCGUCCAAGCAGGUUGCGUAUGCGUGGGCUUCCAGCCUGGGCGGUGACGCGGGCGCGGCGCUGCUAACCAAGUUGGGUUUGGUGGACCAGGCAAUCGACUACGCGGUCGAGAACAACGCGUUCACACACGCGUUCGAGCUGUGCCGCUCGUCCGCCAAACACAAGCUACUGGAGGUGCAUCUAAAACACGCGAUGUGGCUGGAAGACGAGGGACGCUUCAAAGAAGCGGAGGAGGAGUUCAUCAAGGCGGAAAAGCCGAAGGAGGCGAUCGACAUGUACGUGCACCAGCAGGACUGGGGGAACGCGAUGCGGGUCGCGGAGCACUGCAGCCCCGCCAGCAUCUCCGACGUGCACGCAGCUCAGGGGCGCGUGCUCGCGGAGGCAGGCGACUACGCGCGCGCGGAGGCGAUGCUGCUGAAGGCAAAGCGCGCGGACCUGGCCAUCAAGAUGUACCGCGAGCUGCGCAAGUGGGAGGACGCGCUGCGCGUCGCCGACGAGUACAUGCCCACCAAGGUCCCCGAGCUCCAGGCCGAGAUGGCGGCCGCGCUCCGCGGUGACGCCGGGGGCGACUCUGCGGAGAGCAUCCUCGGGCGCGCGCGCGCGCUCGAGAAGGGGCGCGACUACGCGCGCGCGAUCGACGCUUAUCUCAGCCUGACGAAAGAGUACACGCCGGACCUGAACCUGCUGGAGCAGGCGUGGGAGACGGCCGUCAAGCUGGCAAUGAACUACGUCACCGAGCGCACGGGUGACGUCAUCGGGCUGGUGGCGAAGCGGCUGGUGGACAUCGGGCGGUGCGAACAGGCCGCGGAGCUGUACGAAGGCAUCGACGGCCAUCAGGAGGCGGUGGACAUUUACAUCGUCGCGGGGCUGUGGGACAAGGCGCGCGCCCUCUCGCGCAGCGCGGCCGGUGCGCGGCCGCGGCUCGCGUCAUACGUGGAGGACGCGUACCGGGAGCACUUAUUGGCGAACGAGGAGGCGGAUCAGUUGGUGCAGAGCGGGAGCGUCGUUGAGGGACUGGAGAUGUAUGCACGGCAGGGGCUCUGGCAAAAGGUGCACGCCGUCGCGGCCCAGCAGGGCGGCGACCUCGCGACCGGCUUCGCGGCGCGCCACGCGCAGGAGUGCGUGCAGGCGGGGAACUCCGCGGAAGCGCUCUCGGUGCUCGGCGCGCACGCGCGCGCGCUCGCGGUCCCCGCCCUGUACGAGCUCUACCAGCACAUAGCGUAUGAGGUGCUGGCGCUCGCGGACGACCGCGACGCGGCGUCUGUGCGAGCGGUGGCGGACCUGCGCGCGUUCCUGAGGCGCCUGACGGGGGAGAUGCAGAAAGCGGGUCAGAAGGUUUUGCCGGACUUCCAGCGGCUCCUGACUGCCGCGCACUACAGCGCCGCGCGCGCGCAGUGCCGCGAGCACGGGCUGACGGAGUGCGUCGCCAAGCUGAGCAUCAGCCUGCUCCGGUACGCUGGCGAGAUUCCGGCGGACAAGGCAUUCUACCAGGCCGGAAUGGCCUGUAAGGAGAUGAACUGGCUCAGCAUGGCGUUCGCCUUCCUGAACCGUUUCCUGGACCUGGCCGAAGCGAUUGACGACCCCCAGGGCGCGGACGCUUUGGAGAAUGCGGACUUUGAGGAUACGGACAUCCCGCACGACUUCCACCUGCCCAGCAAGCACUUUGUUGACGAGAACGCGCGCGAGGCGGUGCGCGAUCUCGUGCUGGAGCUGAGCAUGGACCAGGCGGUGGACCAAACCCUCGCGGCCGCGCCGUGCGACGCGUGCGGCAAGCCGCGCUACGUGGCCGCGCUCCAUUGCGCGUCGUGCAAGGUUCAAAACGCUGCUUGCGGGGUCACCGGUUACCCGGUCCCUGCCCGGGCCAAGGUCGCCUGUAAGGCGUGCGGCAUUCCCGCGAUCAAGGACGAGUGGAACCGCUACGUGCAGAAGACCCUAGAGUGCCCACACUGCGGGGGGGCGCAAAACCCAGUCUAUGCGUGA